AUGGUCGAGCGGACUUUGGAAGCGGACGAGCUGUCCGCUGUGGUUGAUCAGAUCAAGAAUAAUGUGCCCCUGGACUUCAUCCCGAAGGUGAUCGAAGAUGCUCAAAAUAUCUUCAAGAAGGUGGCCAGUCUGAAAGGGACCAUCGCUCGCGAGUUUCUGAUUGAGCAUCAUUGGAUCCUGAAGCCACUCCUGCUCUGCGAGCCCAAGGUCCUCAUCAGUGGUGAGUCGAUGGGGCAGAUUCUGGAGAGUGUCAUCAGACCGAUGCUGCCUGACGGCAAAACCGUCGUUGUGGAGACCUUGGUCUAUGACAUGAAAGCCAUGCUGUCUGCCUUGAGGAAACUGAGGAGGGCCUGGAAGUUUUUGGCUGGUCGGGGCGGUGGCCAGAAAUGGCCGAGCGUUGCCGCCUCCUAUGAUGAGAAGCUGCUGGAGCUUCUCGACCUCUUGGAGGACGGAGCUCAAGAGCUCAAAGACAACGCCGAGAUGCCCGAGGACGAGCUGGAUCAUGACCUGCUGUUUGAUGUGAAGCUCGAGGAAGGCGACAGAGAAAGAAUCGAGUUGCAGAAGCAACUGGAUAACAAAAGGAAGCGCGUCAUGGAGGACUGGGUGGUCGACUCUGUGCUUGUGUAUAUUCCUGGGCCACAUGUCACCAGUCUUGUUGCUGCUAUGUAUAGGAUCUACAAGACAAGCUCCUGGACCUUUGUUCGGACGAUGAAGGUGCCGGCAUGCCAGCUCCUGGCCUCUGAUUGA